UGUAAUUUCCGCUCAUUACGUAGCAUCAUUUCUAAGGAAAACUAUUUACAGUCGAAAUCGAUGUUAUGCUAAUUAGUUGCUCCUUGUAGCAUCCAGGCCAGUCGCUUGACCUUUUCUUAAAAUUUUUAUAAGGAUUCUGUUUUUAAGACCUAUAUGCUUAAACUUGACUUCAAAAUUGUCAUCCUUGAAGCCACAGACGAAGUAUUGACUUAUAUCGAAAACUAUGUAUCACACAGAGACGAAAGAAUAACGUUUUAACAUAUGGAGAACUCUUCAGUUUCAUAAGAGAAUAAAGUGCUAUAGUGCCCCUGUGUCAUCUACAGCUUACAACAACCCGUGACUACACGCGUCAAUCAAGAAACAAAAUGUAAUAUUCAAGCAACAAUUAGUUGUAAUAAGUGCGAAAGAAGGACAUUCGUUUCAGAGGCGUUUAUUAUUUAGAAGACCAAAAAAAUAAAUAAAUAACAUUUGUUUGAUGAUUAAAACAUAUAUAUAUAUAUAUAUAGGUACAUAGAUAUCGACUUAUUGUGAAAUGUCUAGCAUUGUUAAGUAUAAAGGCAAAAGGCAUAAUAGCGCCAGAAUCAGACUUUCGUUGCGUAUUUUGUAUGGAACUAUUAGGUCUCCAUAUCUAAAUUUGACGAAUCUCACAUUUUGUUCACUUAUGGGAUUGGAGAGUUGUGUUCGUUAUUUACUUCAAAAAGACGCGAGGACAGAAGAUAAAGAUAUAUUCGGAGACACAGCGCUUUUGGCUGCAACCAGAUCAAAUCAUUCAAACAUUGUAAGCCUGCUAUUAAAGUUUGAUGCUAACGUCCGUCAUAGAAACAUUUUUGGUAUGACAGCACUUAUGGUAGCGUCCUGCGAAGGCCACGGACGAAUUGUAAAGAUUUUACUUGACAGAAAUGCUGAGCUUGUCGACGACGUAGACACUGAGCAAAAUAGUUCCUUAAUGCUGGCUGCGAGGAAAUGUAGCACAAAAGAGCAUGCGGAGGUGAUGAAACUUCUUUUGGACAAGGGGGCCAAUGUGAAUUUGAAAAAUAAAUAUGGCCGAACUGCUUUAAUGCUAAUGUCAUUACAUGAAUUGCCAGAGUUGACAAAAACAGUAGUCCAGAGGGUUUUCGAUGUAGAUGAUACGGAUGCAGAGGGCAACUCCGCUUUAUCUUGGGCAGCAAAGAAGGGAAACGUUACAAUGAUAGAGAUAUUGUCUGAAAGCAAUGCAAAUGUCAACAUUAGGAAUGCCAAGGGAAUGACACCGCUAAUGUUAUCUUCUUUAAAUGGUAAGGAAAAGGCUGCUUUCUGCUUAAUAAAAUGCGGUGCACUUGUCAAUGAGGAAGACAAGAAGAAGAAAACAGCUUUGUUUUGCGCAGUAAAGAAUGGAUCCCCAGAAACUGUUAAGACGUUGAUCCUUAAUGGCGCUGACGUCCAUACGCAGCAUAAGGAGGGUGUGACCGCAAUUAUGUUGGCCUCAGAGCUAGGGCAUCAGAAAAUUAUUACGCUGCUAAUCUAUUACAAGGCAUGGGUAAAUGGCAAAGAUGACAAAGGAAAAACGCCAUUAAUAAAAGCAGCAUGUAAAGGGCAUGUUCAGACUGUACAACUUCUUCUGGAGAAAGGAGCCUUCUUAGAUGAAACGUGUUCUCAGGGUAAAAGUGCCUUUAUGUGGUCGAUUGAAAAGGGUCAACAAUCUGUUGCCCAAUCGCUGUUAGAAUACGGCACCGACUGUAAUAUAGCCGACAUUAGCGGAAAAACAGCACUUCACAUAGCCGCAUCAAGUGGAGCAACACGCUUUUGUAAAUUAAUGUUACGUCAAACAGAUCAAACCCAAAGAGACCAUCGUGGAAUGACGCCACUUUUGUACGCCGCCUUAAAAGGAAAUCUGGAGAUUGUUUCUUAUCUCUAUGACAACGGUUCAGAACUCAAUGCUAGAAACAAAGAAGGCGACACAGCUCUAACACUAGCAUCCUUGAAUGGACACAAUAAGGUCAUCUCAUUCCUUCUCUCCAAAAGGAUCGACCCCAAUGAGUGCGAUAACAAAAGGGUCACGGCACUGAUGAAGGCAUCAAAAGCGGGGCACCUGAAAACUGUUCAAUUAUUAGUGAAGAAAAAGGCAAAUAUUAAGGCUACAGACGAGCUAGGAAACACAGCAAUAUCAAUGGCGUCGAAGGAAGGAAAAACACAGGUUAAGUCUUUUUUGAUCGAACAAUUUUGAGCUACAAUUCUCUUUGGUACACAGAUUCUCAAUCAUUUUGUACAAGGGUGAAGUAAUUAUUUUCCCUCGCUUGGACGGAAUUCUCAUUACUAUUUCACUACCCUGUUAAAAUUAAGCAUCAAAAGCUUUGCCGUUUGUUAUAGGAGCAUAUUUUAUUUGGUAUAG